GCUGACACAGAGAGUGUUUACAGUUGUGGCGGAGAUAUCGACAUCUCAGACGGCAAUCACAAAGCCGAUAGGGCACACAAGCCACCAAUUUCUCACCAACAAACAACGCCGCAUAUUCCAAUCACAAUCUCCACCGUCCGUUCCAAAUCCGACGUCCCAAACUCAAACCCCUCUCCCACCACAUCACAUGCUGCUACUCUAUUAAGCUUCCAUCGUCACCACCUCACCAGAUCCCAAUCGCGCGCAACCCCAUGGCCUCCAUAGCGCUCACAGCCUCCGCCACCACCCUCCCCUCCCUCCGCCUCCGCCGCAAUCCACCACCGCUACGCCAUUCCACCACUCUCAAACCCAUCAAACCAAACCCUUUCCCUUCCAUUUCAUCCAUCUCAUCAUUCCCAGCUAAACCCUUUCAUCGGAAACCCCUCACUCUCACCGUCAGAGCCUCAGCCUCAGCCGCUUCUAUAACUCCGGCUCCGGCGCCGGUUCCACCUCCGGCUCAGCCAUGGCAAGGUGCCGCCAUAAAACCCCUAUUAGCUUCCAUAGCUACAGGAGUUAUACUCUGGUUCGUUCCCGUUCCCGCCGGUGUUAACCGUAACGCGUGGCAAUUGCUGGCGAUUUUCUUAGGCACAAUCGUCGGCAUUAUCACGCAACCGUUACCCCUCGGCGCCGUCGCCAUAUUAGGGUUGGGAGUUUCGGUUCUCACCAAAACCCUAACGUUCGUCGCGGCCUUCUCCGGCUUCGGCGACCCCAUUCCCUGGCUCAUUUGCCUCGCCUUCUUCUUCGCCAAGGGAUUCAUCAAAACCGGCCUCGGAAACCGCGUGGCUUACCAAUUCGUCUCGCUCUUCGGAAGCUCCUCGUUAGGGUUAGGUUACAGCUUGGUUUUCAGCGAGGCGUUGUUGGCACCGGCUAUUCCUUCGGUUUCGGCGAGAGCGGGUGGGAUUUUUCUUCCGUUGGUGAAAUCACUGUGUGUGGCUUGUGGCAGUAACGUCGGCGACGGAACGGAGAACAAAUUGGGGUCGUGGUUGAUGCUUACUUGCUUUCAGACUUCGGUGAUUACAUCGGCGAUGUUUUUGACAGCAAUGGCGGCGAAUCCCCUCUGUGCGACUCUGACACUGAACUCGAUCAACCAAACCAUUGGGUGGUUGGAUUGGGCGAAAGCGGCGAUCGUGCCUGGGUUGGCUUCGUUGGUGUUGGUGCCGUUGAUCUUGUAUGUUAUAUACCCUCCUACCCUGAAAACAAGCCCUGAUGCUCCCAAGCUUGCUAGGGAGAAGUUGGAGAAGAUGGGGCCCAUGACGGCCCAUGAGAAGAUCAUGACCGCUACUCUGUUUCUCACGGUUGGACUUUGGGUUUUUGGGGGGCUUCUUAACAUUGAUGCUGUAUCUGCUGCAAUUCUUGGAUUAGCUGUACUUCUUGUUACUGGGGUUGUAACAUGGAAGGAGUGCUUGGCUGAAGGAGUUGCUUGGGAUACUCUUACAUGGUUUGCUGCUCUCAUUGCAAUGGCUGGGUAUUUGAACAAAUAUGGUCUCAUUUCUUGGUUCAGUCAAACAGUAGUUAAGUUCGUUGGUGGAUUGGGUCUAUCAUGGCAACUAUCCUUUGGGAUUCUAGUCCUUCUCUACUUCUACACCCAUUACUUCUUUGCAAGUGGAGCUGCUCAUAUUGGUGCCAUGUUUACUGCAUUUUUGUCUGUUGCCACGGCUCUAGGGACCCCUCCAUUCUUUGGAGCCAUAGUACUGUCCUUCCUCUCCAACCUUAUGGGCGGUCUUACUCAUUAUGGAAUUGGAUCAGCUCCUGUGUUUUUCGGUGCCAACUAUGUUCCCCUUGCUAAAUGGUGGGGUUAUGGGUUCCUCAUUAGUAUUGUUAACAUUAUAAUCUGGCUUGGGCUUGGAGGAGUUUGGUGGAAAGCCAUUGGGUUGUGGUAAAGGACCCAUUAUAUAAAUUUGCCUACACAAAUUUUCUAAUUGAAGAUUUUUGCACACAUUCUUAUAUUAAAUAAUCAUUUUCCGAUUCUUUCUAGAAAUAAUUUUCGGGAGGUUUUGAUGGAGAUUUAGGCGGUACCUGGAUACAGUUGAUCAUUUUAGAUCUUGGGUAGAACAUUUACAUUAUUUAUGAAAUGUAAGGACAUCCUGCUAUUCAGGAUAUGGUGGAAUGUUGUAGUUGUAUGCCUUGAAUGGGUUUUUCCUUAAUUUUGCCGAACAAUUGUUAUAUUCUUGUUUGGGAUGGCAAUAUGUAGCUGAAAUUUGGCAGUUAUCGCUAUCUGUUUAGCAAAUUCUUUUGGGAUAUCCCAACGUUCCAUUUUGCCGUGAGGGAAUGUUCCGCACUCCUCAGAGUUAAAAGUGAAUUUUUCGUGCACUUGGUCGUCUUUUU